UAUACAAUUAUACAUGAUGAUUAUCCUUUCUCGUAUUAUUAUUAUUAUGUAUUACUAUUAUUCUGCGUUGGUGCGCGUUGCUGACCUACAUAACGAUAUUCCCAUAGUAUAGACAGUUUAAAAUUUUGGUUAGUUGAUUACAAAUUAUCAUUCGAAAAACAUCAUUAAAUUUGACUUUUUUAAUUUUAUAAGAAAUAAUAAUUAUUAAUUUGAGUAAUCUGUUUAACGAUAUAAUAUGUACGCUGUACGGUUGUAUAUAGUUACUAUUUAUUAUUAACUAUAAUUUAUUUAUUGCAUUUGAUGAUGACUCGAAUGCAAUAAACCAGUAUCAUUCAAAGUUUAAUUUUCUAACGACUAUAAUAAUAUAACAUCUGCAGGUGUUUAAAAUGUCAAUUGUGUGUGUAAUUCACUAAUUGGUAUAGUUUGGUGGAGUUGUACCGACCAAAGAAAAUACUGAAAAUAUCAAGUCGGUAGUUCAAAAUUAUAUAAAUCAAAAUGGAUAAGAGGCUAUACAACAUCAGCCUGUUAGGCUUAUCAUUCCUGUUUCUAUUCGCUGCAUAUCAAACAAUAGGAAAUAUCGAAGAAACUUUACUGAAAAGUGUGCAAAAUGAGUAUCCUUCAUUUACCGGCGAUGGUUAUACUAGUUUGUCAAUUAGCUAUUUUGUAUUUGCAAUGGCUAAUUGGAUUUCUCCAUCAAUUGUCAAUUACAUGGGAUGUAAGAUAGCUAUGAUUAUAGGAGCAAUUUGUUACACUGUGUUUUUAGUAUCAUUUCUCUGGCUGUCUUCAUUUUUACUGUAUCUUAUGUCUGCUGUACAAGGUUUUGGUGCUGCAAUUCUCUGGACAGGACAAGGAACAUACAUAACACUGAACUCUGAUUCAUCUACAAUGUCUAGAAACACGGGAAUAUUUUGGGCGCUAUCGAAUAUGAGGAAAUACAUUUGUGUCUUUGGCACUUACCAAUAAAAACGAUUUUGAUGAACCAACCAGAAAGUUUAUCUACAUUGUGCUCAUAACUUCAAGUGUAUUUGGUACAUUAUUAUUCUUAAUUUUACGAUCUCCCGUGAGCUCAGAU